AUGCGAUGCUCCCUCAGGCGCUCCCUCACGGCUGCGCUCGCAGCCUCCUUCCUCCUCCUCCUCUUCCUCCUCCUCCAUGGGGGCACUCGGCAGGAACAGGAUCCCCUGGAGGUGGAGCUUGGGGGCUUGGCCCCAGGCACAGUCCUGCAGAUGCUGCAGCCAGAAGGAGCCCUGCGCAUCCUAAGGGACACAGAUGACCUCUCUGCACUCCACAACAUCUCCUACAACCUCCUCGCUGGCUCCCUGUCACCCCACAAAAAGUUCUUGACGGUGGGAUUGGCAUCCGUGCGGCGGCCACGUGGCUACUACCUCCCUGCCACACUCCAGUCCCUCUUCCAGCAGUCCACGGAGGAGGAGCUGCAGGAGAUGGUGGUGGUGGUGCACCUAGCUGAUGCAGACCCAGGGUGGAACAUGCGCGUGGCCAUGGACAUUGCCCGCAAGUUUGCUCACCACAUCCUCUUGGGCCGGCUCCUGCUCAUCCAUGCUCCCCAAGAGUUCUACCCCAGCCUGAAGGGCCUCAAGAGAAACUUCAAUGACCCGGAGGAGCGGGUGAUGUUCAGGUCCAAGCAGAACGUGGACUAUGCCUUCCUCUUUGCCUUUGCUGCCAACCUCUCCUCCUACUACCUGAUGAUUGAGGACGACGUGUGGUGCGCCAAGUCCUUCCUGACGGCCAUCCGCAAGGCACUGGCUUCCCAGGAAGGCUCCAACUGGGCCACCCUGGAGUUCUCCAAGCUGGGCUACAUUGGAAAGCUCUACCGCUCCAGUGAACUUCCACGCCUGGCUCGCUUCCUCCUCCUCUUCUACCAGGAGAUGCCCUGUGACUGGCUGCUGACACACUUCCGUCUCCUGCUCACCCAGAAGGACGUCAUCCGCUUCAGGCCCUCCCUCUUCCAGCACAUGGGCCUCUACUCCUCCUUCCAGGGCACCAUCAACAGGCUGGAGGACGACGAGUUCCAGGCCGAUGCCUUGGACCUUCCGGACAACCCACCAGCUGCUUUUUUCACCAGCAUGUCCAUCUUUGAGAACUACGAGCCCCUCAAGGCUUACGGCACAGCAGAGGGGUAUUUCUGGGGGAAGGACCCAGCAGCUGGCAGCACCUUCUCCAUCGUGCUGCAGCAACCAGCUCACGUCACCCGUGUCCGGGUGCGCACGGGCUCCCCGGAGCGCCGGGGCGACGUCCUGCGGGCGGGGGUGCUGGAGCUGGGCCGGCAGCCACGGCCCGAUGGCCGGGACUGCUCUGCCUACACCUCCGUGGGCACCUUUGAGAAGGGAACCCUGGACCUGCGGGGGCUGGAGAGGGGUGUUCCCGGCCCCGUGGAGUGCCUGAGGAUCCGGGUAACCCGGGACCAGAGCGAGUGGCUCAUCAUCCAGAGCAUCGACAUUUGGACUGUGGAAGGCACCUGA